AUGCCCCCCCAGAAGAUAGACGUCCACUCGCACUUCCUCCCGCCCUUCUACCGCACCGCGCUCGCGACCCACGGCCACACGCAUCCCGACGGCAUGCCCGCGAUCCCCGCGUGGUCGCCCACCUCGCACCUAGAAAUGAUGCGCCUGGCCAACAUCUCCAAGUCGAUCCUGUCCAUCUCGUCGCCGGGGACCUCACUGACCCCCUCUGACCCCGCGCUCACGCGCUCGUUGACGCGCGAGUGCAACGCGUACGCGGCAGCCCUCAAGCGCGAAUAUCCAGACAAAUUCGGGUUCUGGGCGUCGCUGCCGUUGCCGGAUAUCGAGGCGUCGUUGAGGGAGAUUGAGGACGCGGUGGCGGAGGGCGCGGAUGGGUUUGCGCUGCUGACGAACUAUCAUGGGGUGUAUCUGGGCGAUGUGGUGUUUGAGCGGGUGUUUAAGCGGCUGGAGGAGCUGGGCGCGGUGGUGUUUGUGCACCCUACGACGCCGUGUGUGCUGCAUGGUGGGUGUGCGAGCGGGGAAGCGAAGAGAACCCCCGCAACCCCCCUAUCCACCCACUACCCCACCCCCGUCUUCGAAUUCCUCUUCGACACCGCCCGCGCCAUCCUGCACCUCCUCGGCAGCCCCACGCUCCCGCAGUGCCCGCACCUCCGCUUCAUCGUGCCACACGCAGGCGGCGCCCUACCACCCCUCCUAACACGGUACGUGCAGUUCUCGGCCGUAGUGCCGGGGCGCGCGCCACUCGACGCAGCCGCCGUGCGGAGCGCGCUUGACACACAGUUCUACUUCGACCUAGCGGGUUUCGUGUUUGAGGGGGAGCAGGGCGGGGGCGGGCAGCUCAAGGCGCUGGUGGAGGGGUGGGGGGUCGGGAGUGGGCGGUUGUUGUAUGGUAGUGAUUUUCCGUUUACGCAGACGGAGUUUGUGGAUAUGUUUGCGCGGCGGAUGGGGGAGGGGUUGGGGCAUUUGUUUGGGGAGGAGGAGAUUGGGGCGGUUUAUGAGGGGAAUGCGGUGGGGUUGUUGGGGAGGGGGAUGGGGGAGGGGGUGUGA